AGGCUCCGAUGGUUCAUCUGGAUAGAUAAGCCUCUACUUAACUAUUUCGAACUUGCAGAAGAGAUUGGUUUAUCGAUCUAUUCACCCUCUCCUCCUCCAAUCUCUCCUUUCUAUUCACAGCAAUGGCUGCCUCUUCAAUUGCCCUGUCUUCGUUCUCGUCACUGUCUGUCCGCACAUCUCACCCAAGUUCGUUUUUCAAGGUUUCCUCAGAGCCCCUGACCACCAACUUCGCCUUCUCACUCGUCAAAACCAGCAAACCAAUACCCUCAACAACAUGUUCUCUCUCAUUCUCCUCAAAACCCCACAAGAUCAGACCCUGUCAAGCGAAGUCCAACGACAUCGAUACUACAUUCUUCGACCAAGUAGACCCGGAAGGUGAUAUCACUUUCGAACCCAUUGAGCCUCCGGAAGGCUACGUGCCCCCUCCGGCCUUUGACGAGGGUCCAUCGGAGACGGAGGAUGAGAUUGCCGCUGCGUAUGAGGAGCUUUACGGACCCGCUUAUAGCGGUGAGAGCGUGCUCGGCAGUGACAUCUAUGUGAUGAAUUCUAAGGUGAAGAAGACAGGUGGGUUUGGGUCGAAGACCAAGAGGGAGAAGGUGAGAGACGGGUUUGAGGAACGGGUGGUUCAGGUGAGAAGGGUGACUAAGGUGGUUAAGGGUGGGAAGCAACUGCAUUUCAGGGCUAUUGUCGUGGUUGGGGAUAAGCAGGGGCAGGUGGGAGUUGGUGUAGGGAAGGCCAAGGAGGUCAUUGCGGCCGUUCAGAAGUCGGCGACGAAUGCCCGGAGGAAUCUCAUUACUGUGCCGAUGACGAAGUACAAGACUUUCCCUCACAGAUCUGAUGGAGAUUUUGGGGCAGCAAAAGUGAUGCUGAGACCUGCUUCACCUGGUACUGGUGUGAUUGCUGGAGGAGCUGUGCGAAUCGUUUUAGAAAUGGCAGGUGUGGAGAAUGCUCUGGGGAAACAGCUUGGGAGUAAGAAUGCUCUCAACAAUGCCAGAGCAACUGUAGUUGCUGUUCAGAAGAUGAGACAGUUCCGUGAUGUUGCUCGUGAGCGUGGGAUCCCCAUGGAAGAACUCUGGAAAUGAUGAGACCAGUGGGAAUCAUUUGUUUAAGUUAGAUUUUAUACCGAGAACUUUUGGUAUGCAAGCUUCUUGUUCUUGUCUUGAUAAGGGAUUUGUAGUCCAUUCAUUGUUCUCUCAUGUUGUAAUCCUCUUUCAUGAAAACAAAUUAGUCAAUGAAGAUUUUUCACCCCAGUGCUA